AUGGCUCAGUCGCUGCCUCUGAGCCUCCUUUUCCUGGUCCUGGCCUUCUGCAUCCCCUGGGCCCAAGGCAGCGAUGGAGGGGCACAGGACUGCUGUCUCAGGUACAGCGUGAAGAAGAUUCCUGGCCACCUUGUUAAAGGCUACAGGAAGCAGGAGCCGAGCCUGGGCUGCCCCAUCCCGGCUAUCCUGUUCUCACCUCGGAAGCGCUCUCAGGCGGAGCUGUGCGCCGACCCGAAGGAGACCUGGGUGCAGAGGCUGAUGCAGCGUCUGGACGCACCACCUGCCCCUCAGAAACCACGGAAACCACGCCACAAGAAGGACAAGUCUGGCGAGAAGAGAAAGAGCUCCAAAGGCCCUAAGAGGACUGAAGAGCCGCAGACCCCCCGAAUCCCCCAGACCCCCCAGACCUCCCAGGCCCCCCAGACUUCCCAGACCCCCCAGACCCCCGAGACCCCCCAAAAGCCAUAG